AUUUAAUCCAAUGUUCUUUGAGGAGCUGGGAGCCUGAAAUGGGAGAAAGGGCCUUACCAGCCAAUAUGAAUGGUUGAUUUGUAUGACCACAUGAUCAGCUUUACCUCAUGUCAUGUUGCACAGGGAGGUCCAGGUCAGCGGGUGACCAUGAAAUUCAUGCAAGGUUUCUAUAUGAUUGUGAAUUUAAAGAAAAGAUCGCUGUGUUUUGAGUAUGCAGUAAAUUAAGUUUUAUAGUGAUCAAGACCUGUAUGAAAAAACAGUUGUAAUAUUUUUCUUUUCUUUUUUUACUUUCAAAUACUUUCAAAAAAUCUAAUUAUCAAAACCUGUUUUCCCACUGGGUCUCAGACAAAUAUGACUAUUACCCUUUCUAAUAAACCUCAAACACUUAAAUGUAAUGUGUAAUAGUUCUCCCCACAACUGAUUAUUUCUUAUUUAUUUUAUUUGAAAGUUUAAGAAAAGAGAGGAAAUAUUUUGUUUGGAUUGAACAAUCUUGCAACAGGUUACACGUCUGUUCAGUGCAAAGAUCCUGACAGAAUGACGCUCACUAGUUAGCUCUGUGAACCAACAGGACACGCCUCAAGUCACGAUGUUCCUGUCCUUUCUAUUUUAGUUUCAAGGUGUGAUCAUUUCCAGUAAAUGAGAAAAAACUGAAAGAACCUGACAGACUUCCACAGAGGGAGGAGGAGGAGACUCACAAUAAAUCAGGGAGAAAGAACGAAGGAAAAGGAAGUUGAUAUUCAGAGGAGAAGAGACAUGUGGGUGGUGCCUAUAAUAAGCAGAAAAACAGGAACCAGGUGAUAACAUGUAGCAAAGUACACCUGCACACCUGAGUAAUGCCACUCCUUCUCCAAAGCCAUUCAGAGAUGGUUGAUUAGCUUAAGCGGGAGGUUGUUCUUGGAAAAAAAAAAAAGGAUUGUAAAGGAUUUUUACUCUGUUUGGGAUGGUUAUUUCAAAGGAGUUCCGAAGAAAAUGUGGUCUGUGCACGUUGUGACCCAUCUCCUGUUCUGCUACGCAUGCCUCUCAACUGGAAAUGACAGGGUACGUUUUGUCUCCAAAAACUUCUACAAUGUUCUUCACUGGGAUCAUGUGGAGCCUAGAUUUCCAGGCCAGAAGGUGCUCUACAGCGUGCAGUACUGGAGGGAUGAUGAGAAGCAGUACUGGAUAAAAGACGAGUGUCAAAACAUCAGCCACCUGUCAUGUGACCUGACUGCAGAAACCCCAUCAGUGUACGACGUUCACUACAGGGCGAAAGUGAUGGUUAAUGGGAGCUGUCUUGACGUCACGACUUUCUUUGUACCGUUUAGAGACACUGUUCUUGGUCCACCACUUUUGUCCUUGCAUACAACGGCGUCCACCCUGCAAGUCAACGUCACCCUGCCGCAGGGACCAAAUGGAGUCUCUAUUGCAGACAUCAUCGCCUCCAGCAAAAAGGGCUCAUUAAAAGUUGUGCCAGAGUACACUUUAAAAAUAACCCAUCCACAGUGGGCUGCACAGGUCAUCAAAAGUACAACUGGCCACUUUGAUAUCAACUUAAAGUACAACCAGUCUGAAUACUGCGGCGAAGUGGUUUACAUACCCACUCCGGAAUGGGGUCGCUCAGUCAGUGAGAACGCAUCCUUCUGUGUAACUCUGCCAGACGAUCCUCGGAUACCUUUGCUGUGGCCUCUGCUGGGUGUUGCUGUUCUGGCAGCCAUAGUCAUUAUAUCAGCUGUCUGUACGUGCAACUAUGUCAAGGGUGAAAAGCACAGCAGCAUGACACAUGUGCUGGUAAUCCCUCCCUGCAGAGUUACGGUGCAUCAAGACCCGAUUCCCGAAGUUUUUGAAGAAGUCAUCGGCAUACACAGAUGUCCAGACAAACAUCCAAAUGUUUCAGAGGGGGACGGAUGUUUCCCUCAGGCCUCGCCCAUUUGCCAGGACAACCCUGACACGAGCACUCAGUCCUCUGAAAGCUACGGUGCGGUUGCAACACCAACCCACGACGAAGGAAACAAAGGAGCUUCUGGCAGGGGGAACAGACAACCAACCAAUCCUACUUUGCCCUGCAGGGAGAAAGGAGACAAUGAUAAAGGAGGAAUUUCUCCACAAUUUACCUCAUAUCGUGCACAACAACUACCCAUCGUAACGACAGGAGAGCGUAACCCAGAGGAGGAGCCGCUGGUGCCAACCACUGUAACCCCUCCCCAGAAAUGCAAAGUUAUGGAGCAUCAAGACAAGAAUCUCAGAGUUUCUGAAGUAGUCGUCGGCAUACACAGUGACCAAAGCCAGAGCAAAAACCAGAUGUCAGAAGAAACUUUAAAUGUUUCAAAGGGGGGCGGAUAUUUCCCUCAGGCCUCGCCCGUUUGCCAGUACAACCCUGACACGAGCACUCAGUCCUCUGAAAGCUACGGUGUGGUUGCAGCACAAACCCACAUUGAAGGAAACAAAGGAGCUUCUCAUCAGUUUGGCAGGGGGAACAGUCAACCAACCAAUAAUACUGUGCCCUGCAGUGAGAAAGUAAACAAUGAUAAAGGAGGAAUUUCUCCACAAUUUACCUCAUAUCAUGCACCACAACUACCCAUCGUUAUGGCAGGAGAGAGUAACCCAGAGGAGGAGCCGCUGGUGCUAACCACUGUAACCCCUCCCCAGAAAUGCAAAGUUAUGGAGCAUCAAGACAAGAAUCUCAGAGUUUCUGAAGUAGUCGUCGGCAUACACAGUGACCAAAGCCAGAGCAAAAACCAGAUGUCAGAAGAAAUUUUACAUUUUUCAGAGAGGGGCGGAUAUUUCCCUCAGGCCUCGCCCGUUUGCCAGUACAACCCUGACACGAGCACUCAGUCCUCUGAAAGCUACGGUGUGGUUGCAGCACAAACCCACAUUGAAGGAAACAAAGGAGCUUCUCAUCAGUUUGGCAGGGGGAACAGACAACCAACCAAUAAUACUUUGCCCUGCAGUGAGAAAGUAAACAAUGAUAAAGGAAGAAUUUCUCCACAAUUUACCUCAUAUCAUGCACCACAACUACCCAUCGUUAUGGCAGGAGAGAGUAACCCAGAGGAGGAGCCGCUGGUGCUAACCACUGUAAGAAACAUAGAUGGACAACUUGUCUUGUGGCCAUUUACAUUUGGGCUACAGAGCAGGUCUGGCAACCUAGAAUCACAUUUGGACACAGAGAGGAAACCUCUCUUAUUAGAUGACAUAAUCUGCCAGGACGGGCCGUUGUCUAAGUCUUUGGAGAGACUAGACAGCUUAGACGGGAGAGAUUCUGGCUUUUUUGGCAGCACUGUAAACACACCAACCGGCUCAUGCUUUAAUUCCAAUUACUCCAACUCUGAAACAAUGGUUCCUGGUUUUCAGCAACAAUUUCAAACCAUGCUUCCUGGAGAUACUGUAUUUCAAUCAGGAUAUAAAAAAAACUGGAUGCCUGAAAACCCACCUGGACCCAUAGACAUUCACUGACACUUGAACCUUUAUUAGUCAAAAAGCUACAUUAAAAGCUGGGAAGCACAGGUGUCAAAAGGAAAUGGAAGAACUUUCCUGCAACACUGGGAUAUGCAAAGUUAAGAUUGUUUUUCCAGUUUCUACACUUUUAGGCUUUAAAGUGGCAUUCUCCAACUUUAUUCAUCUUGGACUUUUUUAAUGAGAAAAGUGAGGAAACAAAAGUUGACCAGAAACUUUGGACACUAUGGACAAAAUGUGGGACUUGGGCAGAACCAUCACAUUCAUAUGAAAUGCUGAUGGGUAUGUAAAGGCUGCUGUGAAAGCAGUUUUGUAUGUAGAUUUUAACUCCUCUACGUGAGAAGUUAUGCUUUGCAGUGUUUGUAUAUAUAUAUAUAUAUAUAUAUAUAUAUAUAUAUAUA